GACCCGCAGCUCCUUGCUCAGUUCUACUACGCCGAUGAGGAACUAAAUCAAGUAGCAGCUGAACUGGACAGUUUGGAUGGAAGAAAAGACCCACAGAGAUGUACGUUGCUAGUCAACCAGUUUCGCUCUUGUCAGGAUAAUGUUUUGAACAUCAUAAAUCAAAUCAUGGAUGAAUGCAUUCCACAUGAACGGGCCAACCGAGACUUUUGUGUUAAGUUUCCAGAGGAAAUACGCCAUGACAACCUUGCAGGACAGCUUUGGUUUGGAGCAGAAUGUUUGGCUGCUGGUUCAAUUAUUAUGAAUCGUGAAAUUGAGAGUAUGGCUAUGAGGCCAUUGGCCAAGGAUCUGACCCGAAGCCUAGAGGAAGUUAGAAAUAUCAUUCGUGACCAAGCCUUAAGGGAUUUGAACCUCUACACAGAAAAAAUGAAAGAUUCACUCAAGCAUUUUGAUGUCCUUUUUGCUGAAUUUGAAUUAAGUUAUGUGUCGGCCAUGGUACCUGUGAAAUCUCCAAAAGAAUACUAUGUACAGCAAGAGGUAAUCGUACUUUUCUGUGAAACUGUGGAGAGAGCCUUAAGGCUUGGAUACCUCACUCAAGAUAUGAUAGAUGACUAUGAACCGGCUUUAAUGUUUACAAUUCCAAGAUUAGCCAUUGUAUGUGGCCUUGUUGUCUACUCUGAGGGACCAUUAAACUUGGACCAUAAACCAGAAGAUAUGUCUGAACUCUUCAGACCUUUUCACACACUGCUAAGAAAAAUAAGGGAUCUACUUCAGACACUAACUGAGGAUGAACUGCACACACUGGAACGUAACCUCUGCAUCUCUCAAGAUGUGGAUUUUCCUGUCAGAGCAGAUCCUGAAGUACCCUCUGUCAUUACACCGGGCAUAACUGCAACUUUGCCUGCUAAGGAGCUUUCAGCAAAGGCUGAAAACACAGAGGCUGAGCUGGCUUGUUCUAUGCAGUAUGAUGAACAGGAGCUGGAACAGCUGAAUAGGAUGGUACACAGAGUCGGAGAUGAAAUGUCUUCUCUGCUUUCCCCUCCAAGCAUCUGUCAGUCUCCAGCUCACAGACCUAGCCUAAGAAAUAGUUCUAGCACAGAAGCUUCACCAACGAGACACCAUCUUGACAAUUUAACUGAUGAGGAGGACAGAGUGUUUUUUAUGGAUGACCUAGAUGGAGCAGGAGAAGCUCUUGCUGGGUUGGAUUCAGUAAGUGAUACUUUUGCUUGGGUGAACAACCCUUGCCACAGUUCAAAACAGAACCUGCAAUACAGAGAUGCUUUGCUGUAUGACAAUGGCCAUCAGACAGAGGAAACUUUGUGUUUAAAAGAUGCUGAAAGUGACUUAAGCAAUAAUAACAAUAUUGAAGAUAGCAAACAGAUGUCUGGCAUCUCAGUUCAGAAUUCAUGCAGCUGUCUAGAAGGUCCAGACUCACAGUUAUACCUCAAUGGCUGGGAUGCGUAUGCUGAUGAUGCAGAAACAGCAGAAGUGAUAGCUCACAGGACAGGGGGAAUGAAAAUAUCUGCUACUGUAAUAUUCAAUCCUAAAUCUCCCUCUAGCUCGGAGUCCCCAGUAACAACUCCAGAAGCAGCUAUUAGUUGUGUUCCUGGAUCUGCUAAUCCAUUAGCAAAUGAGGAGGAGGAUGAAUCCCAUAAACUCAGUAUAGCUGCCACAAACUGUCUAAUUAAUUCCUGUGUGUGUUGUGGCAGCUGUGAAGACAGCAGGGAGGACAGUGUUGAAGGUUUAAAGACUAAACAUUCUGCAGGAGGUGUUGUAAAUGCUUCAUACACGUUGGUAAAGUCUAAGGAAAUGGACCAUGUAGAUAACUUGGACAAUUCAGUCCCUGCACAGGAAACAUUAAAACCUGAAACUUCUGCUUUGUUAGCAGAAGGAGACUUUGGCAGAGAAGAGCAAAAACUGCCGAUCUCCUCUAAGUGCCUGGCACAUACCUCAGGUUCACAGGUAGGAGCAGAAAAUGACUUACAAGGAGAAGCAGAAAGCAUCUCAAGUCAGCAGAAGUGGGAGAAGAGAAAACAACUAUGUGAGAAAAAACAGGACAACAAUGAAGAUGCUAGUAGUGAAAGGACAGCAAAGGAAGAUGUCAAGUCAAGAUCUAGUUCAAGUUCUCAGGAUGGCUUACGUGAUUCCCCCCUCAGCUCCAUCUCCAGCAGUGACUAUGAGAGUGUUUCUGUCACUACAUGUAGUCUCUCCAGCGUAUACGCUCUGAG